UAAUCGAAUGGUUAGGUGAGUAUUCAAUGUUAGCGACAAACUUAAAGACAUUGGUAAGCGUCACUUGGUGAUCUAUUUCCAUCAACAAGAUGUUUGAUGAAAGUGAAAGGGCAUUUUGCAUUACAUAGAAUGUCAUCAAACGUAUGGAAUCAACUGAGAACAUAGAUUCUUGUGUAUUGUAGCUAACAGAUCUUCCAGAACCUUUUUCUUUUUCUUUUUCUCUUUUUCAAUUUUCAAUUUUUUUUUUCAAUUUUUGUUUUGUAAUUUGUGUCCCCCCCACCACCCCACUUCUUUCUUUUUCUUCCCAGUAAUUUCCUCUGAAUUCUCUGGUGACCAUUGCACGUUUCUGUUCAUCUUUACAGUCCUCACUUCCGUUCAAGCCCUCCAACAUUAGCACAGACCUCUGUCUGUCGGACCAUUGUUUUAUUCUUUACCAAAUCCUCUUGUUUUUAACAGAACCAUGAGUUCUAUUAUAACUUCCUCUUCAAUUCUAUAUUGCAAACUUUAAUUAAUGGAGUUGAAGGGGUGUUACCGAAUCCAAUAACCCACUUCUUUAAAUGCCAAAGUUCGGAGAAAUUAAUUGGAGCCGUCGUUGGUUGGUUCUCUGAUAUGUGCUUGGUCUGUGGUGGAAGUGGUUGUGAAAGAGUUUUAGCUUGUGGGUUAAGAAAAUGGGGCCGCAGGAAGUUUCCCAGUCCGACAUUGAUUUGGAACAGGGGAAUCAUCGGCGGUCUGUCAGCGGUAGUGACUUGAGCGCCGAUUGUAGCGUCUAUUUCUCUGACGCCGACGAGGGUUCGUGUUAUUCUCAGUUUUUUUCGACCAACGGUGGCUCUUACGAUGAGUAUAGGUUUGCUUUCGUUUCUCAGCCGGAGGUUGGGGUUGUUUCGGAUUCUCGGCGAGUUUCGUCGGUUUCGGAUCGUUCGGUGGAGGUUGAAAAUGAAAAUGGGAUUACUGAAAUUAAGGUGCAUUCAGCUAAAGUAGAGAGAGAUUGUAGGAUUUGUCAUUUGGGUUUGGAGAGUAAUAGCCAAGAAUCUGGAAUCCCAAUCGAAUUGGGUUGUUCAUGCAAGGAUGAUUUGGCUGCUGCUCACAAGCAUUGUGCUGAAACCUGGUUCAAAAUCAAAGGAAAUAAGACAUGUGAGAUUUGCCAUUCCAUUGCACGGAAUAUUCUCGGACCAAACGAGGUUGAGUUAACAGAGCAAUCUAAUGAAUCCAACAACGCCUCCUCGACAACUACAGUUGCUGCAUCAAUUCCUUCAUCAGACAGCCAAAGCUUCUGGCGUGGGCAUCGGUUUCUGAAUUUUCUACUUGCUUGCAUGGUCUUUGCUUUUGUUAUAUCUUGGCUGUUUCACUUCAAUGUGCCCUCGUAAACAUAUUGCCUAGAAGUAAGUAGUAUCGAAGACGGGGGGAAAUCCGAUUAAGGAACUUGCAGAAUUUGCAGCUGCAAAAGACCCUCCAGAGAAUUGCCUACAGAGUGUCCAUAACUUCAUAUAGAUUAUCAUCCUAUACACAUGUACCUAUCCCAACAUUCCCCACAAAAGUUCUUUUUUUUUCCACUGCACUUCCAUUCAAUUCCAAGUUCUAGAGAAAUGUGGUUCAGUCGAGAACAUCCUUGAUGAUUCUGAGUUUUCCAACGAGCAUCAUCUCUCAUUUUUCUUACUA